GAGACGUGUACACGCGUACACGCGUGCACACAGACGGAGAACUUGCUGGUGUCGGAGUGUCAGUUGUUCUUGCAGGCUUUUUUUUUUAUGUGGAGCGCGUUGGACUUGUUUUGGACUAAUACUAAUGAAUGAAGAAAAGACACUAAGAUAAGUACAUUCUCAGCACCUUUGUGUAGAGAGACAAAGGCAUUUACCUGGCAGCGAAAGUGCACACUUUUGCGUGCAAGCUUUGUUUUGUUUGUUUUUAAAUUACAUAAUAUCCACAUUUUUUGGGGGGGGGCUUUCUCUAAACAAGGUGUUUUCAAUGUGAUUUUGACACCUGAAAGUGAUAGGAGUAGUUAAAAGUUUUCAAUGCAUUUUGAAUGAAAGCGGCACAGACGGGAGGCUGCCAUGGAAUGUUCUGAAAUCCGACUGUGGACGCUAUCAGCUGGGAUGCAAAGUGCACCUGAGCCGCGCUGUUUGACACCAUGAGAAGACAACCAAAGAGCGCGUGACUUUUUCCUACUGUCCACCAUCAUGUCCUCCUCGUCCAUUGCAAGGAAGCUGACUUUCUGCGAGGCCCUGACCUUUGUUCUGCUGCUCGUCGCUCCCGCCUGCCUGUGCUCCCUGCAGAGUGUUCAGGCUUCGUGGAGUUCUGCAUGGGAUCCCUAUGGUGAAGGCUUGUUGGGCCAUCCUGCACGAACCCGACGCCAGCUGCACUUUAGGAACGAAUGGGCAAGCUGGAGCGGCUGGUCCGUGUGCUCGCGAAGCUGCGGAUCUGGUGCUUCUGUGCGCACACGAACCUGUAUCACCAGAAACCCAGUGGGUGGACCAUGUGGAGGCGAUUCAAGACAAUACAAGAUCUGCAACACUAAGGAGUGCCCUCCUGACUCGCAAGAUUUCCGAGAAAUGCAGUGUGCUGCUUUCAAUGACAGGCAGUUGAUGAUGGGAAAUUCCUUCAGAUGGACUACCUUUCAUGGAGGCUCCAACCCCUGUGAGCUCAGCUGCUUGGCCCUGGGUCAUAACUUCUACUACAACUUUGGACGUGUACUUGAUGGCACAGCCUGUGAGAAAGUACCUGGAGCUGUGUGUGUCAACGGACGCUGUCUGAAACCUGGCUGUGAUUCCAUCUUGGGUUCAAAGGAGCAAGAGGACGCCUGCAUGGUCUGUGGAGGGAAAAACACCACCUGCCUUCAUCACAGGAGUGUUUACCAGAGCAACAGCCUGGAGGCAGGAGGACCCUUGGGAUACAACGAAGUAGCCAAGAUACCAGCUGGAGCCACUCACAUCCGAGUCGCGGAUAACAGCAGGAAUUAUCUCGCUCUCCAGAAUGGUCGCUCCCAGUUUGUCAUCAAUGGUAACUGGAAGAUUAGUGUCCCGGGCGAGUACAAUAUAGCUGGGACCAAACUUCUAUACCGGCGGUCGGCUGAUACCUGGGAGAGCUUUGAGGUUCCGGGGCCAACCCAGGAAGACUUGCGUCUGAUGGUUCUUGCCACCGACAGAAAUCCAGGCAUCGAGUAUGAGUACUGGUUACCCCCAGACCAGUAUGACCUCCACCAUGGGAGAAGUCCACUGCGUCAAGCUCAUCACAAUCCGAGCUACCUCCCGUGGGAGCAACCCACCAUUAAAACCACUACCACCACAACCAGCACUACUCGGCCUCCUCCAGUGAGCAGCCGUCCCCACUGGCUUGUAAGGCCUCUGAAGCCACCACGGCAACCUUCCCGCCAUCCCAUUUUGCCUCGUCUGGAACGAGAGGAGAACCAUAGAAACCUGCUUCCUCAACCCUCGCCUGGACGGCAUUGUGGGAAAUGCCGGAGGGUUAAAGGUCGAAGAGAGCGCCAGAGGCAGUAUUGCCGGAAGGAUUUUAUUUUUCGGGCCAGAGUCUUGGGGAAGCUAUACAGAGGAGAAGAGACGCGUUACGACGUCCAGAUCCUCCAUUCUUACCGGAACAGCUUCCGCCUGGAGCACCGUGAGUUCCUUUGGGUCCCAAAUGUGUGUGACUGCCCCAACCUUGAGCGAGGCAAGCAGUACAUACUUAUGGUGCGCCGACACAUUAACUAUGAGCAUACGCUAAACCGCAUCCUGCUGGAGGAGGACAGCUACGUGGUACCGUACAGACCCAGAGAGGACGAGCUGGUGCGGCAACUGGAGAGGCUGUGCAACAACAGUGGACAGAAAUAUCCAGCAACAUAAACUGACUGACAACAGCUGAACUGUUGCGUUCAUCAAAUCAAGGCUUGCUGAAUACCAGAGCGUUGUCACUGGAGAGGAAUGCCCACCACUCUCUAUAGUAAAAAACCAAAGUUUAUUUAAAAGCCUGCAUGGUUUACUAUCAUAUAGAGCACUUUAGGUGGACACCUGCAGCCACCUGUAAACACAUACCAACGAGCAUUGAAAUUGCUGAUUUUCUUUUUGUUAACUUGAUUCACAUUAUUGUUGUUGCCAACUUUGAGGAAAAUCCACUUUACAAUCGUGGUAUCCUGACUCAAUAGGUUUUGAAUGACACCUUUGUAAGCAUUCCUAUAGGAUCUAUAACAAACUAACGUCACCAACUUCAUUUGACAAGAUCAAGCGGAAACCCCACUUUAUUAUUAUAUAUUUAAUGUUCUUGUAUUGUAUUUUAAAGUGAAAUACAUAUCAUUAAGACACUAAUCCGUAACUAGAACAAGUUUUAAUUUUAAUGUUUAAAGAAUUUAAACACAGUGUAAACACCCUUAAAGGGGAAGUCAACACCACCUUGUCUUUACAAUAACAUGUUGUGUAUGCCCCCACUAGUCUAAACACACCAUUCUGACAAAUAUUAUGUUUUAUAAGCAGCAAAAUUCACCUGUUUAUCUAUCAAUGAGGCCAGCCAUUUUGUCACUUGCUGUCGACUGAAAAUUACAUCACAGUUGCCAGGUCUCAGUGUCACGUCCGUGCCAGAGCACCUCGGCCGGCAACUUCCCUCAGCCACUCUCCAUCUAUCCAUCCAUCCAUCCAUCCAUCCAUCCAUCCAUCCAUCCAUCCAUCCAUCCAUCCAUCCAUCCAUCCAUCCAUACAUCCAUCCAUACAUCCAUACAUACAUACAUACAUACAUACAUACAUACAUACAUACAUACAUACAUACAUACAUACAUACAUACAUACAUACAUACAUACAUACAUACAUACAUACACUUCCUCUCACUCAUCCGGGGUCAGCUCGUGGGGGCAGCAGCAUCAGGAGCCCAGACUUCCCUCUCCCCAGCCACUUUGUCCAGCUCAUCCCAAAACGUUCCCAGGCCAGCUUGGAGACAGACUUAGACUUUGACUUAGACUCAACUUUAAUCAUCCCUUGGGAUUGCUUCCGCAGGAAAUUCAGAAAUACGUACAGAAAUACUGCAAAAGACAACAUUGCACAUGAGUAACAAACAAAGAAGAGAGCAGUAAAUAAAGCGUAUAGCAAUAAAUAAAGUGUUGAGUAAGAAAUAAAUAACAAUAAUAAUAAAUAAGUAAAUAAAAUAAUUGCAGGUCAGAGGUUAUUGCCCAAGCCACCUCAUCUGGCUCCUCUCAACGUGGAGCGUUGACUGAGCUUCUCAAGUGGAUUUUGCCUGUUUCAUUUAUAUUCCACAAAUAAAAUAUUAAUCAGAACACUGACGAGUUGGGUUGCAGAGAACAUAUUAGAAAGAAGUUGACUUCCCCCUUAAUAUUGGGGCAUUAAUCAUUUUAUAUUCUGUUUUUAAGUCAAGUGCAGAGCAGCUAAUUCUCUAUUUCAGAAAACUUUGCCUUAUUUGGUGUUGCAUGUGACAUUUAUGACUUGUAAUUACACAAAACCAAAGUUUAUAUUAGUGUGUUUGACCGUGUACUCUUCUAUUUAUAUGACAUCAAUUUGAACACAAAACCAAAUAGAUGUAAUUAUGCUUUGCAAAAUUGCAACUGUGAUUUUAUAACAAGAAACUUCCUCACUAAAUUGAACGGGAUUUGUGAGGUUGAUUUUUUCUUUUACCCAUUGCUCAAGCUUUGUAAUAUGGCUUUACAAUACUUAUUUACAUUUAUGUUUGUUUAUAAGCGUCAACCAAAACGAUUAUCAGAAAACUCGUGUGACUUUGUUGUAUUUUAUUGUAUGGCACUGUUUCACUGCAGUUUUUGUGUGCCCAUUGUGUUCUAAAUGACAUUUUACUUCAUAAACCUCAUCCGUGUGCCAAAAUAAUACAUACAGUAAUUGGAAUUAAACCUUUUUUCAAAUAAUUAA